AUGAACAACUUAUUUAAUAUCCAGAUUAUCAUAUUUCUAGUUCUAUUACUUACCAUCUCUGGAACUUUUACAGUUGCUAUUCCACUUCGAAAGAGGGAUCAGCCAGAUGGUUGUGCGAAUAUUCAUCAAAGUUUUACAACAUCAAUGAGUUCGAACACAACUUUGAAUAUUAAAUAUGAGGACGUUAAAAGUUGUUACAUGAGCUUUCCUUUUGAUCUUCAGCGGGCUACUGAAUCAAAAGAACCAGCAGAGCAGGGUUUUGACUUCAGAUCUGUGGAUAUAAAUGUUGAACUUGAUAAUUUGUUAAAAAAAAAUUACGCCACAGAUUUCGAAUUUUUUACAGAUGUAACUCAAAUAUUCAUUGAUCUUAAAGACGGUCAUACCGAUUUUGGUACUGCUUGUUAUAACGCAUUUUUCUUUAUUCAAGACAUCUGGCUCUAUUCAACAGUCGAUUGUCAUGGAUCUCAGGUUAUUAAAAUACUCCAAGAUGAUAUAGAUUCUUCAAAUAAUAGAUGUGAGGUUACGCAAAUCGAUGGCAGUCCUGCUUUAGAAGUAAUUACCUCAUAUGCCAAGAAACAUAUCAGAAAUUCCCGUGAUCUUGGUGUAAGAUUUAACAUGGCAUUAGCGUCUGUCAACUUUGCUAAUGGUAUUUUCGGUCUAAAUCAAAAUGUUAUUAGUUCGAGCCAGUUCACCAGACGUUUGACCUUACCAGAUUCUGAUAGUAUUACUUAUGAACUCAAAUGUAAUAAUAGUGAAACUAAAACUUUAAAAAGACCUUGGAGAAUAGUUAAUAAUGCUUAUAAUACUUUGGGUUUUACUGAUUCCAAAAGUUUUUUUGAUUCUAUCUGUCUUGUUAACAAUAGUCUAAAAUCUACUUCUUAUAAUCAACAACCUACUACUUAUAAUACUGAGAAUUUGGCAACUGUUAUAAAUUUAUCAACUCAAAACGUUAAUGUGGAUAUUCCUGGUGAACUAAUUAAUAAUUUUGAUAAUUUUACCUUAUUUUAUAAAUUUAAUGAAACUGGUGUCAUCGUUAUUCCAAAUUUCCUUCCUCCUGCCUAUGUGCUUGAUGAGAAUAAGUAUCAAGAGAAUCUUAUAGUUGCAUUUAACCAAUUUGCUCAAUCUGGUAUUAAAAAAGUUGUUCUAGAUUUUAGCAGUAAUGGAGGUGGUUUCGUACCUCUUGGUGAAUUCAUUAACGAAAUUUUCUUACGUCAACAAAAUUUUACAUUCCCACGUGAUAUCAAAAUUAAUGAUGUCAUGACAUUCCUUAUUGAAGAAGCUGACAAACAAGUUCUUGGUUCUAAUGCAAUAAGUUAUUCCCCUAGCUUAGAACAAUCAAUAGUCACUGGCAAACCUUUUACAAACUCUGCUGAAAUGAUUGGUAAUAAUCAAUUCAAAAGAGGUGGCGUAACUACUAAAUAUUCAAAUCUAUUUGUUGAUAUAUUAAAUGAUUCCGCUUUAUCUAAUUGGACAUCUCCAUGGACGAAUAAGGACAUUAUUGUACUUACUAAUGGCGCUUGUUCGUCUACAUGCGCACAAACUGUUCAAUAUCUGGCUGAACAAGCUAAAAUUGCUACGGUUUCUGUCGGUGGUUUUUAUAAUAGUAGUAUGUCUUACUCUUCAUUCCCUGGUGGAAAUGUUGUAACUGUAAAUAAUUUCUAUGCUCAAAUUAAUAAUGUCACAAAAAAUAGUACUACUGAUCCUAAACCUAAUAUACCAAAAAAUUUUGCCGAGGAUAUUGCAAUGUUUAGCUUUAAAUUCACUUAUAGUGAAACUUAUAGUUUGGAAUUCCCUGAUCAAAUAAGUGAAUUUAUGUAUCGACCUGCCACUCAUAGACUAUUUUAUAAUGAUGAUAGUAUUAUUAAUCCUAGUAUUUUAUGGUUACAAGCUGCAAAAUUUAUUUCUUAG